CUUGCCUCACCUUUGUAAACCCGGAGAACGUUUCAGCUGCUAGGAUGAGGUACACGCUCUUUAUAACAGUGAUAUGCUUGAUAAGCUGUAUCUUAUCCGACCCUGAACCUGAUGAUUUAAGCAUCCAAGUGAUUCAAAAAGUGGAGACGGGCGGAGGGUGCUGCGGUGGGCAGCGCAAGGACGAGUGCUCCGCCGGCCCGAGGGGACUACGCCUCUGGGCUACUCCUCCUGGCACUCAGGAGGAUGCGAGGGCUGCCUGCCACGACAAGGGUUACUCCUUCCUGACCAUCGAGGAUCCCUUCCUCUUCGAUGACGUCAUUCGCACUCUGAGGGACGAGAUGCCCGGACUCCACGACUACUGGGUGGACGGCUCUGAUGACAAUGGCGACAUGGCCUGGAGGUUCUCCGACGGCUCGGACAUGCCUCUCGGGUCGCCCUUCUGGGACCUGGAGUACCACCGGCCCUCCGGUAUGAAUGCCAGCUGCGUGGCACUCCAGGGCAGUCGAGAUUACUACUGGCGAGACUUCCCUUGCGACUAUCUCAAGCCCGGCCUGUGUGUGUGUGGCGAAGUGCCCCAGCCUCACAUACCGUCACCGGUCGAGUGUCCAGAAAAUAGUACCAUUAUUUUCGAUCGUUGUGUGCUGAUCCUUCCGUACCUCGUUGACGACUUCCAGGAGGCGCGGGACGGCUGCGCUGCCGAAGGAGGCGAUCUGCUCAGACUCAACAACCCGGGCAUCAUGAGGGAGUUCUACUUCUUUGUCGAGGCUGAUGCAGGAAACUGGAGCGAAAUUAUCUUCGUUGAUGGCCAGUUGAACGGAGGUGGAGAAUUCGUCUUUAGUGACAAUUCUGAUGUGCCGAUGGGUUCUCCGUACUGGCAGGUCGGACACCCUACCGGGGAGGCCGACCACCUGCACUACUCUACUUUUACCUACUUAGUGAACGACGUGCCAUGUGGUGUUGCUCCUCCUCCUCCUCCUCCUCCAACUACUACCUUAGCUCCGGUAGUGCCAGGGCCCCACGACCACAGGCCUACGGGACCCUUCCACGUGGCUUGCGAGGUGCCACCUGUCUGAGUGCCGUCCAGGGAAGUGUAAGGGCUGAGAGGGCGACCCAACCCCUGGCAGUCUCCCGAAAGAACUAAAAGAUUUAAUGAUUUCACUUUAAUCAAUUUGGUUUUAAAUGAUGCAUUACGCGUUCUUUGGCUGUUCUACUUCAAACCUCUUGUUAGUGUAUCAAAAUUCAAUAAAUUUACUUGUUUGAC